AUGGGGAAAAUACGCCCAGCAUCAUGCAUCACUAGCGGCAGUGCACACCAGUUGAAGGCACUAGCAUUUGAUUAUGACAAUGCUAAUGAUGAUGAGUCUUUUAGUGACGACUCAGACAAGAACAACAAUCCUCAAUCUGAGGCUGGGGCUGGCCAGACUGAUGAAGAGGAUGACAACUCUAUCGAGGAGCAAAUCCCUGCUACUUGGAUGAAGAAACAUUCGGAUGGCUCCCGUCAUCGUAUAAAAGUUGCUGAUUUCGAUGAUAUCUCCAAAGACAUCCUUGUAACCGCAAUUUCUAUCUUCCGCUAUCUAAUUGUCACACAGGUGCCAUUUCCAGAUUCCAUUGCUGAUGAGACAAUGCUGGGAAAAGAGGCCUGGCAUGAGGCUUGCCAAUUGAAAGGCAUCAACAUCAAAUUGAUGCCUUUAGCAAUGAAGAUGCUCUUGCAAUGCACAUCACAUGUGCAUGGCGAACUCAAAAUGAAGAUGCGGUCUCUUACUCAAUCUUUCUAUGGGUUUCAGUCGAAGGGUUCAUCAUUCAUUUUCAAGGACUGGACAAUGAAGACAGGGAUAUACAAGACUGAGUUACUCCAAGAUGGGAUCAAUGUCAUGUGGUUUGCAAACCAAAGUGAUGAAGGCAUUGUCUACAAUAAGUUUUUCAACCCUAUGCCUAUCAAGGUUAUUGCGCUCAUGCUUACAGCUAUUGAAUGCUAUAUUGACAAGUGGAUGCAGGGCAUGAAGGAAGACAUCAAGUUCACAGCCAUCAUAUAUGGAUCUGUCUACAACGAUCAUUUGAACUCGCUGCAGUGUUUUGAUGAGCACAUGGCACCUUAUAAGCUCUUUGAAAGGAUCUGUGACAAUUUGCAUGAUGUGGCUCAUUUCCAUGCAGGUAUAGAGACACCCACUACAGUCUCAAACACAUCCAGGAUCAGUGACAAGGCAUUUGAAGAUGCUAUUCAAGAACACCAACUUCAGGAGGAGAGUGCGUGGUGA